AUGCUGCCCGCGCAGCGCCUGCCGGGCCGGCUCGGUCUCCAGGCCGGCGCGCGCGCCCCCGCCCGGGCGAGGCCCCCGGAGGCGGGCGCGGAGGCGGGGCCUGAGGCCCGGGUGCUGGGCGCGCCCGACCUGCGUUCGUGGCGGCGCCCCCGCCUCCUCCAGCAGAAGAUCAGUGUGUUGCGGAAGGCGCGCCGCGGCCGAGACGAAGUCCGUGGUGCUUCCCGCGACGCCCCCAUCGUUCCGCUCAGACCGGCCCGCGCGCCCGCGUGCCCGCGACGGCUGCAGAACCCCAGGACCGCGACCUGUGAGCCCGCAGCGGUGGCGACCCCCCGGCACCCGGUGUCGCUGCGCGCAUCUGCUCUGGUGCAGACAGCGCGGUUCCAGGUACGACUUACUGGGCCCCUGCCCGCCCCAGGGGGAGGGAAUAGUUCCCGGCCCCUCCGAAAUGCCCCAGCCCUUCCUCCAACAGACGUUCGCCUUCUCUGUGCGCUGGUCCGACAACAGCGACACCUUCGCGCGCAGGAGCUGGGACGAAUUCAGGGGGCUCCAUACGCCUUGCUGCCGUUGCGCCGAGGGCGCGUGGGCCGCGGCUUGGAGCACCUGCGGCUGCUGGAGGACUAUCUGCGGGCGCUGGUGGCACGCGUGUCCCGGAGCCCGGCGCUCACCGACUUCCUUGAGCCGCACGCCCUGGACCUGGAGCCCGCCCUGUCUCCUGGCAGCCUGGUGAUCCUGCCCGCGCCGGAGGAGCCCCCUGCGCACCCCGCAGGCAGCCCUUCCAUCCGUGGCCUGGAGCCCCAGAGCCUGUGCUGCCUGCAGCCCUUCCACACUCAGGACACGCGGGGUCGGCUGUUCCACGCGCAAGCCCAAGAGGCCCUAGAAGUGCUGCUGCGACACCCCUCAGGAUGGUGGCUGGUGGAGAACGAAGGCUCCAUACCUGAAGGAGGCAGGCCCGGGCCCAGAGGCAUGGCCCCUACGAGGCAGUGGGUCCCAGUUCUGUGCUUCCCGGGCCUACGAGAGCAGCAACGCGGACGAGCUUUCGGUGCCAGCGGGGGCACGUGCCGACGUGCUGGAAACCUCAGACCGUGGGUGGUAGCUGUGCAGGUGCGUGAGGGUGGGGCUUUGGGGGGCCCGGCCCGCACUGGUCUCCUCCCUGCUCUGCUGCUGAGGCCUGACUGGCUGGGUGCGGUCCUGGGCGUCUCAGGGCCCCACCUCCGGGCUGACGCAGUGCCGGCGAGGCCGGAAGGUCCCUGGAGUCCACACAGGCCACGACCCUUACCCCUGCCGUGCCUGCCAGACCCAUGCUGAGUGUUAUUCAAAGCCGCUGUUGUACCAUUACCAGGAGGGCGCUGGGGCAGGACCCAGAGGGUCAGGGACCCCCUUGAAGGUGUGUGGAACCAAAUGGGGGGCCCUGCUGUGCACCGUAGGGCGUGACUGGUAGCAGCCAUCCCAUCCCAUCCAUGCUGGGUGGGAGAGCACCUGAAGUGGGGGUCUCCAGCUGGUACCAUUUCCCCCCAGUAAACCUCUCCUGAUGACCCACUGCAGUCCUGUGUGAGGGGCCUGCUGGAUGCUGGCCAGGGGCAGGGAAGCUAGCCAAGGCUGGGGCCUGGCACCUGGGGUAAGACAAAGCCCAGACACAAGAAGC